AUGCCAAUGCCCAUGCCAACACCAAUGAGGAGCCCUACUCAGGUAGUCGAAAUCAAGGCGGGGGGAACUCGUCUCAAGUUUUUCUUAAUUUUUCCAACCGGGAUGGAAGGUCUUUCAAGAAAAAGACCGAUCGAAAUAUCAGUUUCCGAUCUCGAGUCAACAGGCACUCUCCAGGGUGUGGAACCAGCUACCCUAAAAAUGGGAUUGUGUGAUGUAGAUCAAGGAACGGGGGAGAUGGACAAUUGA